CGCGUCCUAUUUUUCGAUUUAUUAGAUUCAAGAUUAGAAAAUAUAAUAAAUAAAUAAGUAAGCUAAUAAGUAUCGCUUGUUCGUGAAAAAUUCAGUAACUGAACUGAAUGCUUUCGAUAACUAUAUUCUAAAUUUGUAUUUAAAUAUUUUUUAAAAAUAAAAAUGGAGAAAGAUAAUUUAUACGUAGAAGGAGCAGAUAGUGAUAAAAAGCAUCCCCUGGUAAAUCAAGACAAUAUCGCUGACAAAGUCAACCAUUUAUUAUACGAUGAAGGUAAGAAGCAAGAACAAGAUGGCGCCCUGAUAGCAGAAGUGCAAAGGAGGGACAGUGUACUAUCCUCGAACAACGGAGACGUCAGUGGGGAGGAAGAUAACAGUGAUGGGCUGGAGUUCGAUCUCUCUGGAGUCAAUUUGGCUUCUACUGAAGAACUUGCCAGGGAAGAGUUGGACCAACCAUUCCAAAGAACAGGGGCCAUGACUCCAGAGGGGCUCAUUGAUGAGGACUUUGAAGCUGAACUUGGAUCACCAAAUGAGGAAGAUGAAAAUGAUCCGGAGCUUCAGUUCAGAGAUAUUGCAAAGUUUGGAAUCAUUCAACUUGCUGGUGACGACGCUUUUGGUAGGAAAGUCAUCGUGGUGUCUGCUUGUCGUCUGCCCCCCAGAGAAGAACUUGAUCACCAGAAGUUCAUGAAAUACUUGAAGCACUUGUUGGAUCAGUACGUCGAGAGUGACUACACGGUCGUCUACUUCCACUACGGACUCAACAGCCAGAACAAACCGUCAUUUGCCUGGCUUAGGCAGGCCUACUCCGAGUUUGAUAGAAAGUACAAAAAGAAUCUGAAAGCUUUGUACCUCGUCCAUCCGACGAACUUCAUAAAAUUUUUAUGGAACAUCUUUCGCCCUAUCAUUAGUGCAAAGUUUGGACGUAAGGUGAGCUACAUCAACUAUUUGCAUGAACUUGCCCAACAGCUUCAACUGGACCAACUGGUCAUUCCACACAGAGUCAGAGACUACGAUGCAUUCUUGUUGGCCAAGAACAAACCAAAGCCUGUACCUACAAGCAUUGUGCAUGCACCUCUGCCCAAGCAACAGUUUGGGGUUGAACUUGCAUACAUAAAGAGCCACAAUAAUGGCUCCAUCAUUCCAACUGUAGUCAGUCAAUGUGUUGAAUACCUCAGGGAACAUGGAUUGCACACGGAGGGUCUCUUCAGAAGAUCAGCCAAUGCAUUGGAACUCAAGUUGGUUCAGAAGACAUUCAAUGAAGGUAAGGAGGUUGACUUCAGCACAUACGACAUUCACCUUCCAGCUGCCAUCUUGAAAAGUUUCCUCAGACAGCUUCCAGAACCUCUACUUACCUACGAACUCUACGACCACAUCAUCAAAGUUCAAUGUAUGAGAUCUUUUCUUACCAUCUUUAUGCGAAGAAUUCUGGUGGAGGAAUUGGUUGAAGACAACUACUACAUUCUCAAGUACAUCAUCAGCUUCCUAACUGAAGUAUCGGCAGAAAGUGGCAGAAACAAGAUGAACGAAUACAACCUGGCCAUAGUGUUUGGUCCAAACCUCAUCUGGUCAAAGAACCAGGCCUCCCUCGCCAGCAUCAGUCAGAUCAACUCCUGCACGGUUCUUUUAAUAUCAUACUACAGAGAACUUUUCAUCAAAUAA